UAUAUAUAUAUAUAUAUAUAUUAUGUGAAAGGUGAUCAGAAAAACAUGUUGUCGACUUUCGACGAAUAUCUCACUGACAAUUUUAUUAUCCUGAACUAAUAUAUUCCGUCAUGCUUUUAGAUUAUUUUCUCACAUGUUUCUGGACAUUGUACAGACAAUGUUGAUGAGCAAAACAAUUGAUCACGGAAUAUUCUCGUACAAAUGUCUUCGUUCGGAAUCCAUUGAUGCAGGAAAAAUACGAUUUUUCGCAACACUCGCGAUAUAUGUUGAUUCUGACGCGUACUGCAAUUAAAAUGCGUGUGAAUACGUGCAAACGCAUGCGAGCACACGAUCUGACGUGAUCGACGAAACGCUGGUAAACUCGACGCGAACGACGAGCGAUUGCUCGACGCAACAGCUGUUUUGCUCUUCGAUGUUUUCAGGUCUGAUCGUAGAACGCGUGCAGCAUUCAAAUUUCCGCUGUGUGUUGUGUUCGUCGGCGAGUCGAAAGAGCUUUGCUCGUACGAUUUUCGUGUGCAACUGAAAAAAUUUGCGCCAGUGCCUCAGGAUGGCGCAGAACGUGAAUCCGUUUAGUUCGACACAGAAUACGCCAACGAAAGCCACUGAGGAGAAGCAGAGUUUGCCAAAGGACAAUCAUGCGGUCAGCAAACGAUUGCAAAAAGAGCUUAUGGUGCUAAUGAUGAAUACUGACCAAGGAGUAUCUGCUUUUCCAGAAGGAGAAAAUUUAUUCAAGUGGAUCGGAACUAUCACAGGACCAAGAGAUACGGUAUAUGCUGGUCUCACUUACAAAUUAAUUUUGGAGUUUCCACAUAGUUAUCCAUAUAGUGCUCCUAUGGUACGCUUUGCUACUCCAUGCUUUCACCCAAACGUAGAUACCGGUGGUAACAUCUGUCUGGAUAUAUUGAAAGAUAAGUGGAGUGCGCUAUAUGACGUACGCACUAUUUUACUCUCCAUACAAUCUCUUCUUGGUGAGCCUAACAAUGAGAGUCCACUGAAUCUUGAAGCAGCAGAGUUAUGGAACAAUCAAACAAAAUAUAAAAAAUAUUUGACGGAAGAAUAUCAAAGAACACAAAACAAUCGUAAUCAGCAGGAUUCAUGAUAAGUCAUAAUCAUAAUCUAUUUCGAAUCAUUUAUUAUUAUUAUUCCUAUCUACGAUAGGAUUAUGAUUAAGUGUAAUAUUAAUCACUAUUUUUUGCACUUGUCUUAAGAGUCAUUAAGCACAGCUAAGUCUCAAUUAAGAACUUCUUUUCUUUCUGAAGAUAAUGAUGAAAUUUUUUCAUAAAUUAUGUGGAUAAUGCACAAUUUUUGUAGAAACUUUUAUAAAAAACUAUUAUAAAUUCGCGUAACCAUCGACAUUAAGACGAUUGCAUGAGAAUUGCAUUUAUUUAUUUACCAUGUAGAAAUGUAUAUGCAUUAGUCUUUUGAUCAUUACUGCCAUUGUUCAUGCCUUAAACCUGAUAAUUGUUUCCAUUUUUACCAUUACUGUAUAAUCAAAAAUAAAUAUUUUAACGAUCGUA